AUGUCGGCCAACGACUUCUACGUGCGGUACUAUACCGGCCAUCAGGGACAACAUGGUCAUGAAUUCUUCGAAUGGGAGCUAAGCAGGGGGAGACUGCGCUAUGCCAACAACUCCAACUAUCGCCGGGACUCGCUCAUCCGCAAAGAGAUGUGGGUCUCCCAAGCCAUGAUCAACGAGUUCCGACGUAUCAUUGAGGAGAGCGAAAUUAUGCGCGAGGACGAUAGCAAGUGGCCCAAGAAGAACGUCGUCGGCCGUCAAGAGCUUGAAGUCCGACUAGGCAAUGACCACAUCUCUUUUGAGACGGCAAAGAUUGGGUCCCUCGUUGAGGUGCAGGAUAGCGAGGAUCCAGAGGGGUUGAGGGUCAUGUAUUACUUGGUGCAGGACCUCAAGUGUCUCGUUCAAUCUCUUCUCAGCCUCAAUUUCCGCCUCAAGCCAAUUGGUUGA